GUCUCUCAUCGUCGGCUGUGUGUAUAAAACUCCAGCAGCCUCUCGGCUCCACAGAGCUGCAUCUCUGCCAUGGCUGUGGGUAAACUGCUCGCUCUGCUGGUUCUGCUCCAGUGCUCUGCAGCUUUGAUGGGAGCUGGAGUGAGGAGCUCCUUCAUUGGUGGGGGGGACGCCCCAAAAGGCAGGUGGCCUGGUUUGGUCUACAUUGACAUCAAGACAGACAGUGGGGAGAGAAAGUGGCACUGCAGUGGUUCAAUUCUCAAUCAGAAGUGGAUCAUGACUGCUGGGCGCUGCUGGGAUGAUGAACUGAGGUCCAGGUGGGAUCGAACAGGAGUGUGGAUCGGCACAUAUGAGCUGGACAAGCCAUCUGAACGUUACAUGGAAGUAAACCUCAUUGUUCGUAAUCCUGAGUUCAGGGUUACUGGCAAUGGCUUCAUCAAUGACAUUGCGCUGAUAAAGUUAAAAGACCCUUUAAAAUUCUCUAAGAACGUUGCUCCAGUGAACUUACCCAAAGACGAUGACAUCUUCGAUUCUUCCUCUGAGUGUUGGAUCGCAGGCUGGUGGGGAAAAAUCAAUGUCUGGGGUGAGAAAUCAAACACUCUACAGGAGAUGGAGGUUCGAAUUGUGGGUCAGACUAGAUGUGAAGCUACGUUUCCAGACCUGAGUGACAACAUGCUGUGUGCAGGCAGUCCUGCUGGAGGAAAAUAUUGCUGCAACUGUGUCAACUUUCAGCAUCCACCAGGAGACCAUGGCGGCCCGCUCAUGUGCCAAACAGCUGGCGGCUUUGUGCAGGUGGGAAUCAUGAGCUUUCACAGUCCGGAUGAUUGUCGUACCCCAGACCGCUUUGGAAUCUACACUCAAGUCUCUAGUUAUAUGGACUUCAUCAUGACAUACAUUAUUUUUGGCUAAUAUUCCAAGAAGCAAGUAAAAAUAUCUGAACUAUAUCAAUAAUUUGAUAUUUAAUUCCAAGAAACCAAAGAGACCUGAAGACUCUCUGCCUUCAUCAGCUUGUCUCCUUUAUCCCAAUCAAACCUUCCAGUUUAUUGACUCUUCCUCACCCAGAGAUGUAAAUUAAGUAACAAGAUAUAAUUUCAGUAUUUCUAUUCAAAAAGUGGAAUUACUGUAAUGCAAGGCUACUGAUAUGACAGCGGUCCUGCAAAAAGUCACUGACACCAUAAGGCUAAAAAAAAAAAAAAGAGAGAGAUCGUCCACAAAGACUUUUUAAAACUAUUUAGAAAAAGUGUGGUAGAAAAAGGUGAGGCAACAACAGAAUAACAACAGGCUUGACAGAAUUGUGAAUGUUGAUGUAUUUCUAAAGCCCAUUUAAAACCCAACACUUAUUGGGUCAGAGUUCUGGGCAACAAGGUAAAGUACGUCAAAAAGCAUCCAGGUACGUCUAACAAAAUGAGAAUAUCAUGAAAAAUAAUAAUAAAAAUUUUUUUGUCAGAAAGUACAAGUGGCAUCUCUGUUUUGGGAAUGAGUUGGGUUUGUCUGUGUAUUGUAGCUCUUGAUGUGCUGACUCCAGCCUCCUUCUGAAGUUCCACCAAAUUCUGGAACGGAUUUUGCUGACAAUCCUAAAAGACGUUAUUAAUCUCAGAGGGAAAUUAAAUGUUGUAACUUAUAACAUAAAAUCCUCUCAAGCCCUGAUAAACCCUGCUGCCAGUACUUUUUUUCCUACACACUUUUUCCUUCCACUCAACUUUCUAUGAAUAUGCUUGGAUGACAUCAAUACAUUAAGAAUGCUUCCCCCCCUUGAAAUGUACUUUUUGUCAGAUUAAAAUUUUCUGAAACAUUGAAUUUAUUUCAUUAAAAUUACAAGAAAUAAAGAAGUAAAUAAUUCACUCCAUGAAUUACAUAAUGCGUUUCACUUUCUGAAAGAAGGGAAAAAAACAAUGAGAAUCAAAAAGCAUUAAUUUCUUCUUAGCUUUAUCUGCGUAUUACCAAAAAAGGAAUAAGACAAAAAAAACAUGAAAUGAUGUAAAUUGCAUCAGCAAUGUUCACUUUACAAGACACAUGUAAGAGUGAGUCUAAAAUUAAUUUUACAUGUAGCAUCUGCAACUAUAAACUUUAUAUUUUUGAAAUACAAAUUGUACUGCAUGAACUGUAUUGCUAUUAGCAAUGGCAUGAUGAUUAUCAUGAUGAUACAUCAGUUGUGAAUGAAUAUUAUAUCGUAAACCUUUGCACCAUUA